AUGGCCGCUGUAACAUUCGACGAAGCCGCCACAUCUCAAGCUGCAAUUACGGUGACCGUCACUAGUUCGCAGUCUGAAAAAAUGGUCACUACAUCUAGCUCAACGUCGACCUCAACAGCUACCGCAACUAGUGGCGUAUCGACCAGUUCUGGAGCAAUCAUUACUCAGACAUUGCCUCCAGGAGCUGGCCAAACGGGCGGAACCACGUCUAGCUCAUCGAUAAGCGGCGGAGCAAUAGCGGGUAUUGUUAUUGGGACCUUACUGGCCAUUGGACUUAUUAUUUCCGUGAUCUUAUGGCUUUUCUGUGUCCGUCGACGUCGGGAAAAUGACACGAAAAUUGAUGUGAACGGCUAUGAGCCGCCGGCGCCGACCCCGAGCUUCCACAGCGCCAUCCAAAGUCCACCUAUGACUUACCAAGGAGGCAUGUCCAUGAAUGGGGGAGCAAUGGGUACGAACGACCGAUAUCGAUUGAACGUACCAGGCUUUACGGAUAGUCGGAUGAAAAAGGAUGUCGUUAUUUAUCCAAAUGGAGAUCGGGCAGAGCAAUAUUUCUCUACAGGACAAUCAGGAUUACUCGAGGCCUGUAUUGAGAAUGGCCCCACGCGCCUGCUCGACGUACCCAUCGAAACCCCCUUCUCCGAUACCGAGACUGGGCUGUAUUUGAUCGUCCAACAUAAAGUCCACAGCGAGCAAUCUCCAUAG